AUGGCGUCAGCGUUCACGACCCUAUUCCUUGCUGGGUGGAAUGGUGGUUCUACGGGAGCAUUGCUGCCUUACAUCGAGCGCAACUAUAACAUAACCUACGCUCACGUUUCUAUCCUUUUCGUGGCUACAUUCCUGGGAUAUGUGGUCGCUGCGGCAGGGGCGGGUACCUUAUCCCGCCGAGUGGGCUACGGACACGCAAUGCUCAUCUCUAUACUUGUAGAGCUGGCCGGCAACGUCAUCAACAGCUCUCAACAGAUGAACUUCGGUCUUAUGUGCUUCGCUUACUUCGUCAUCGGUAUCGCAUUCGCAACACAGCUCGGCUUAUGCAACGCUUACUUCACUAUCCUCAAAAAGCCACUUAUGUGGACCGGCGUUCUACACGGAGUUUAUGGCCUCGGCGCCUUUGCCAGCCCUCUGGUGGCCACUGCUAUGGUCACUCGAGGGGUCCCGUAUCAUUUCUUCUACACGACCAAUGUCGCGAUGAACAUCCCGGUCUUCGCGCUCGCCUGGCUGGCAUUCCGUAACUUGCACGCUCUUCCCGAACACCCCACUGAGAGGCAUGCCGCGGAGGGUGCCUCCACCGGCGGCGUGCUGCGUGCGACACUCCGAAGCCGCGCCGUCUGGACGCUCGCCAUUUUCCUCAUGCUCUACGUGGGAGCAGAGGAGUCAAUCGGCGGCUGGAUCGUCUCUUACGUCCUCGAAGUCCGCAAGGGCAGCCCCGAAGGUGCAUCGUGGGUGGCUUCCUGCUUCUACCUCGGCAUCGCCCUCGGACGGAUCUUCCUCCCGCCGCUGAACAUCCUCAUGGGCGAGCGCGCGGCAGUCAUCGUCUACGUGCUCUUCGCGAUCGCCCUCGAGUGCGUCGCGUGGUUCGUGCCCGUGCUCGCGUCGACGGCGGUGUGUACUGCGCUCGUCGGCGUCGCGAUCUCCACGUUCUACACCGCCGCGAUCACGACCGGGGGCCGCCUCAUCCCGCGCGCGAUGCACGCGGACGCGUUCGCGAUCAUGAGCUCUAUCGGCCAGAGUGGGAGCGCGUUCUGGCCGCUCGUUGUGGGCCUGCUGAGCACGAAGAAGGGAAUCUGGGUGGUUGAGCCGACGGUGGUCGCGCUGCUCGGUGCGCAGGGCGUCUGCUGGUUGCUGGUAACCAAGGUUGGGCGGAGGAUGGAGUAG